ACGUCACCCGGCUCCGGUCUGGGGAGGCGGGUGUCGUCACGCGUCUGCUUUCACGACCCUUCAGGGACGGGGACGGGAAAGAGACGCGCUGACGUCAGAGCCCGGAACGCGCCGGCCGUCCGUUUUUGAACGCGGCAGACGUUCGACGACCGUUACUCCCACCCCCACGUGACCUGUCCCCGACUCCCUUCCUGCCCAAGGCCCAAUCUUUGGCCAAGGCGCCAUCUUCCUUGACAUCUUUACAUUCCCACCGUCCCUCUGUUCCCUUCCCUUACCGCAUCCAUCUCCUCACCAAUAUCAUCACCCCUCACACACAUUCAUUUCUCUGACCAAACCCCCUCCCCCUCAACAACACACCAGAUCCCCAGACACAGCCCGUGACCAACCAUUGGCCAAGGCGCCAUCUUCCUUGACAUCGUUCCAUUCCCACCCUCCCUUACCGCACUCACCUCCUCACUAAUAACACCCCUUAUAUACCCAACACAUACACACACACUCACUCACACUUCUCUGACCACCCCCGCCCAAAACACACCUGACCCCAGACACAGCCCAUGUCCAACCUUGGCCGAGGUGCCAUCUUUGAUAUCUUUCCAUUCCUACCGCACACUACCCGCCCCUGCUGUUGACACACACACCCACUCUUCAUUAACAUCAUCAGCUCUCAAUCCCACCCCCACCGCGCACACACACACUCACACACAUUUUAUCACCAGAGACAGCCUGGGCCAACCUUGGACAAGGCACCAGCUUCCAUUCCCACCCUCAUCUUCCCCGCUUCACACACCCCUAGACUCUCACACCUGCAUGCACACACAUACACACACACACACACACAGAGUGCCAUCCUCCUGGAUAUCUUUCCAUUCCCACCCCCUCACCUCUCCACACACACACACACAACACCUGCCCCUUUCAUAACACCAUCAUUGUCCCCCUCCACCCACAGCACACACUUCCCUGACCCCCUCCCCACUUCCCAAACACACACACACCACACAGCUGCGUCAACCUUGGCCAAGACACUAUCUUUUUUGACAUCUUUCCCUCCCACCCCGUUCCCUCCCACCAUUACACAUGCCCUUCCCAACCCCCUUCAACAGAUGACACGCACCCUAUCCCAACACUGUCACCCUGCCCACACACCCCCACACCCACCCCUUUGUCAAUAGCAUUGCGCCACCGGAGACAAACACACACAUACGCGCAUAUAUUCCCGUAGCCCCCAACACAUAGACACAGCCUUCCCUAACACUAUCACUUCAAACCCCACUCUGCAUUUACCCCCCCACACACACACACCCCUCCAACCAUAACGAACAGCAACGUCACAUCCAUCCUUCCCCAACACCAGCACGUUGACCCCCCACCACAUCCUUCCACAUCAGCAUCAUCUCCCCACACCCUUCCCUAACACACUACUGCCCCCCCCCGCCCCCGACAGACACUGAUCCCUAACAUCACUACCUCCACAGACACUAUUCGCUACCCCUUUCCAUCUCUCACAAACGCACACACAUUUCCCUAACACUCCCCAUCCCCCCACCCUUCUCAAAGCCUCAACAUGUUCACAGAUGCACGCCUUCCCCAAAACACCCUCAGGCCGAUUCGGCUAUUGCCUGGCAACGAGUUGUCACCCACGCAGCGAUGGGAGGCCGAGCUGGACAAGAUGGAGCCGCUUCUUCACAAGGAAUCUGUCUCGGUUUCCAGCUUCAGUCCGUUCUCUCGGGAUUCUUCGCAGGAAAACAUGACCCGGGAUUUGAGACAGGAGGAGGAGGUGGCGGCCAGUGGCUUCUAUCAGAAAUAUAAUCCCAAGGAGGUGAUUGGAAGGGGGGUCAGCAGUGUGGUCCAGAGAUGCAUCCACAAGAGGACGGACAUGGAGUACGCUGUGAAGAUCAUCGAGGUGACCGACGAGAGCAUGAGCCCGGACCAGCUGGACGAGGUCCGCAGAUCCACCCAGAAGGAGAUCGAGAUCUUACAGGUGGUCUCCGGACAUCCGAACAUCAUCACACUCAUUGACUACUACACCUCUGAGACCGUUACCUUCCUCGUGUUUGAUCUGAUGAAGCGAGGGGAGCUGUUUGACUACCUCACUCACAAAGUGGUGCUGAGCGAGAAGGAAACCAGGAACGUGAUGAGGGAGCUCCUAGAGGCCAUUGACUAUCUCCACAGCCGGGACAUCGUCCACCGGGAUGUGAAGACCGAGAAUAUCCUGCUGGAUGAACAGGCCCACAUCCGACUCUCUGACUUUGGCUUUGCCUGUCACCUCGGGCCGGGUGAGAAGCUCCGAGAACUCUGCGGGACCCCCGGUUACCUGGCUCCUGAGCUUCUCACCUGCUCCAUGGACGAGACGCACCCAGGUUAUGGCAAAGAGGUGGACGUGUGA